AUGACGGAAAAGAUCGGCGGGUUUGAGAUGGGGAUGUAUUUUGACGCACAGUUGAUUGAACUCGAGGCACCUGUUGAGACUUUAGCAGCAGAGGAUGAUGUGCUAGUAGAAAGGGGGCAAGAGGAUACAGGGAAUAUAGACUUGUUUGGAUGGGAGAACUGGACAGAGAAGAUUGAGAAGUGGGUGUGGAAUGGGGAUGAUGGUAACGUGAGGGCUGUUUGGACGGUGGCUAUCAAAGCCAGACAUACCUCGAGUGGUUCUGACCAAGGAAUUGAGCAACACAUGCCACCUGAUUUGCCAAACGGUCGCUCGGAUCUUCCCUCCGACAAUCUGUCGUCCAAAGGAGCACCAUGGAUUAUGAUCGGCGGGUCGUACUCUGGCAUGAGAGCUGCGUUUACUCGCAAUGAGUACCCUGAUACCAUCUAUGCUGCAAAUGCAUCCUCGGCACCGGUCCAGGCACAGGUUGAUAUGAGCAUAUAUUUUGAGCAGUUAUAUCGUGGAAUGGCUGCCAAUGGCUAUGAGAGCUGA